AUGGCAUUUCUCCAGGAAGCACACUUACCUCCUCCUGAGACAUUGAAAUUGAAAAUGCUUGGGUGUAUAACCUUCAGAGAAUACAGACAUGUACGAGCUUUUAUCUUUGCAAUUAAUCAAAUUAACAUGAACCCAGACAUUCUGCCAAAUAUUACUCUGGGUUAUCAUCUGUAUGAUUCAUGUGGAAAUGAGAAUAAGGCUAUCGAAGAUGUUUUCAGAAUAUUGUCUGGAUAUAAGGAAUUCAUUCCUAAUUACAGAUGUAUGAAGCAUGGCAAAGUAGGUGGUUUUAUUGGGGAUCUCAACUCUCACACCACCAUCCCAAUGGCACAAAUGCUGAAUGUAUAUGGGUAUUCACAGAUCAGUUAUGGAGCAAGAGGCCCUGCGCUGAGUGACAGAAGGAUUUAUCCACAAUUUUUUCGAACAAGUUACAAUGACCAGAUGCAAUUUGUGGCAAUUGUAAAGUUAUUGAGACUCUUUAACUGGAACUGGGUUGGGAUAAUUUCAUCAGAUGAUGAGAGUGGAGAGCGGGAGAUCCAACAACUGAGCAGACAGUUAACCACACAUGGAAUAUGUAUUGAAUUCAGCUUAAAAUUAUUUUUUACAAACAUUUUUAGGAUAAUGUCAUUAAUUGUGAAUAUUCAGAAGUCUACUGCUGAGAUUAUAAUAUUGUGUGGCACAUAUUCUGUGUCCAUUACACUUCUUAUCCAUAGAAUGGCUCAAUUUACUGUCAAUAAGACUUUUAUUCUUCCAGCUACGUGGUCAGCUGUAAGAGAGAUUACUGUUCCCAGUUAUAUGGGUGUUCCAGUUAAUUGCUGCUUUGUGUUUUCACUUCCUGUAUAUAACAUCCCUGAAGUGGAAUCAUUUCUAGAUAAAUUCAAUCAACCAAAUUAUUCAAAUGACCCAUUACUGGAGGAUCUCUGGAUAACUCAACGUCGCUGCAUGUCUAAAAAUGAGUUGAAGAAUUCACUUUUCUCAAUAAUGCGUAAAAUAAACCUUAAAAAUUGCACUGGAGUUAAUCUUAGUCCCUAUUACAAUUUUCCUGAAGAUCCUCUUCCCUACCGAGUAUACAUUGCUGUUUCCACUAUGGCUCAAGCUUUGCAUGAUAUGUAUCUAUUUUUUAACACUAACGUAACAAAACACAAUUUUAAAGUAAAUGAAAACCAACUUCACACCUAUAUACAAAAGGUUUAUUAUGAAGAUGAAUAUGGUAAUGAAAUAAUGUAUAAUGAAAAAGGAGAAUUAUCUUCAACUUUAGAGCUUGUAAAUAGGAUAACAUAUGAUAAAACAAAACAAAAUUCCAUACUUGAUAUAAACAUUGGAAAAUUUGAUGAAUCCAUUCCAGGAGAUAAACAGUUAUACAUUGAGCCAUGGAAAAUACAUUGGAGAAAUGAGAGGUAUUUUGGUGCACCAUGGCUCCCAACUUAUUCGGGAGAUAUACAUUCUACAGAGACAGAUGAAUUCAAAGAAUUCAAGGAAACACUUCAGUCUCUGUUUAGGCUAUACUCACUUAAUGAACAACAAAAAUUAGAAAUAUUAUUAGGACAACUGAAGGAGACUGCUCUGCGUGAGGCAAUUUCUUGGCCGCAGAGUCAAAAGAGAACUGCAAAUGACAUAUUGGAAAGAUUGUUGAAAAUCUUUGCCUCUCGAACAUUAUUGGAGUUGAUGCUGCAUUUUUCUGCAAAAAAGCAGCAACUUAAUGGAACUCUGCAAGAGUUUGCUAUUGGUUUAAAGGAAGCUAUGCAAUAUCUUAAGGCUUUCAAACCAGGGGAAAUAAUUCAAGAGGAUGAAAUGCUAGUUAGUGGAUUUGUCGAGGGCAUCUAUGGAGAACAGAUGAAAUCUCAUUUUAAGAGUGCAGAGGCCCUCCAAGUAACUAUCAGCAAGACCACCUACACGGUGAUGGUAAAGAAAUGUCAUAAGAAGUUGGAAAUGCCACAUGGACAAUGUUCUGAAAAGUGUUCUGAUGGAUUCAGAAAAGCACCAAAGGAAGGAUACCAUGCAUGCUGCUAUAACUGUGUGCCGUGCUCAGAAGGAGAAAUAUCCAAUAAGUCUGAUAAUGAAAACUGUGUAAAAUGCUCUGAUACUGAAUGGCCUAAUGAUGCUAAAAACAGCUGUAUUUCCAAAUCACAAGAGUUUCUUUCAUAUGAAGUGGACUAUAUGACUUUGUUUUUCUCUGGCAUAGCUGUAUUAUUUUUUGCUAUAAUUGUCUUCAUAUUUGCAAUAUUUGUCUACUUCCGGAGCAGUCAAAUUGUCAGAGCUAAUAAUCAGAACCUCAGCUUUAUUCUCCUCAUCUCCAUAAAGUUGUGUUUACUCUGUGUAUUUCUCUUCCUUGGUCGCCCAGUGGAUAUAACCUGCAUGCUGCGGCAGAUCUGCUUUGGAGUCAUAUUUACUAUCACUGUGUCCUCAGUCCUGGCCAAGACUAUCAUGGUUUGCAUCGCUUUUAAGGCCACAAGACCUGGAAGUUACUGGAGAAAAUGGAUGGGAGCCAAACUACCAAAUUCUUUAGUCCUGUUCUGCUCAUCUGUUCAGGUCCUGAAUGGUGUCAUCUGGUUGUCAGUUUCUCCUCCAUUUCAAGAGUUUAACAUGGACACAUAUCCUGGGACUAUCAUCAUCCAAUGUAAUGAGGGUUCUGUGCUGGCAUUUUAUUUCAUGUUGGGUUACAUGGGACUCCUGGCAGCUGUGAGCUUUGCUCUGGCUUUCAUGGUGAGGACAUUACCGGACAUCUAUAAUGAGGCCAAAUACAUUACCUUCAGCAUGCUGGUGUUCUGCAGUGUGUGGGUCUGUGCAAUCCCAGCCUAUCUGAGUAGUAAGGGGAAACAUAUGGUCAUUGUAGAGGUGUUUGCUAUAUUAGCCUCAUGCAUUGGAAUAUUAGGCUGCAUGUUUUUCCCUAAAUGCUACAAUAUACUGAGGAUGCCUCAUGUGAAGAGAAAAGAGCUUUUAUGCAGGGGUAAAAACAUCUUUACUCAUAAUAAUAAAUGA